AUGGCGGCCUUCCAAUACAACUAUGCGAUUGUUUGUCGUAUUCCAGACAGUUUCCAGGACAUUCAGUCACAACAGGCAGAUGCAGACCCCAUAGAUAUUGAAAAGGCACGCGAGGAACACUCCGAAUUUAUCAAAACAAUGAAAAAAUGCGACGUGCGCGUGAUUGAGCUGGCAUCGGACGAAGCGUACCCCGAAUGUCCCUUCCUGGAGGACUGUGCUCUUGCUAUUGGAGGUGUGGCGCUUAUCCUCAGACCUUUCUCGAAAACACGGCAUGGAGAGGUUGCAGGGAUUCGAAAGCUCUUACAGGAACUGAACCUCCAUGUAUACGAGAUCAAGGAUCCUGAUGCGUAUGUGAAUGGAGGUGAUGUCUUCUUCACUGGUAAGGAGAUCUUUGUGGGCGUUGGUUCUGAUGAGAGGAGUAAUGAAAGAGGGGCCAAUGCAAUAGCCAGUGUUUUCCCUGAGUACAACGUUACACCCAUUAAAAUGAGGGGGGAUGUUCGCCUCAAGUCCCUAGUGUGUAUGGCCGGAAGAGACAUCAUAGCUUGUGGCAACAGUCCCAUGGCCCUCAAUGUACUCAACCAAAUCCGUACCACUGCUCAGUACAGCUACAAGAUCCUAAAGCUGGACAAUGACCGUGCAGCCAACAUGUUGUAUGUAAACGGACGACUUAUACAUCGUACACGAAGUGAGAUUGGAGAGAAGUGCUACAGUGAGAUACAGGAUAAGCUUGACCAGGUCCCCCACCAUGAAAUCAGCUUCAAGGAAAUGAGCAAAGUUGGUGGCAGUGUAAUCAACACCGUGCUGUUGGUGUUAAAAACGAAACACCACAAGAGUGUGGUGUCUACCCUGCCCUGACAGGGGUCAGGUGCUGGAUGAGAAGAUUACAUAUGUUAAACAUAGACAGGAUAUCACUGAAAUGUCCAAAGCCCGUGGCACACUGUCCAGUAUGGUCCUCUUUAUCAGUAAACACAGACUUCAUAAGGAGAUGAUAUCCAACAUCGGCCCCCAGGAUCUGACUGCAUACACGGAGGUGUCCAACUUCUAAUUUAUUAUUGUGUAAUACAUUCCUGAUCAUUGGCUGUAUCGGCCGAGACAUACCUGUAUAUAGCAAGUCCUGCGUUAUCUUACACUGUCUGCAACUGAUAUUUGUAAUCGUUUAUCAAUAUGAUAUAGAAUCAAUAUGAUAUAGAAGCUACGAUAAUUUAAAAUAUCAUUGUCAAAUCAUCAAUUGGACAAACAUUGUUCCUGAAAUUUUAGGUGCCAUAUAAAUGAUUAUGUACAUUUUUGUUGUAUGGAAACUGCCAAAAAUCUUUAGAAAUGUGUGUGUGCAGAGGUACUUUUGGUGGAGUGAGCUCAAUUUUUCUUUUUAAUCUAAAUCUCUUACCUCAUUUUUUAGUGGUUUUGUUCCUGGCUCUCUAGAGUUGUACUUCUUACUAUCACAUUGGUGAAAUUGUUAUUAAUAAAAUAAUUUUAUUAUCAUUAUUUUAUCAUUUACAUAAGAAUAUGUCUUAGAGCCCUUUGAACAAAAGCUUUUAAGGGAGAAUAACCCAUGUUAGCGCCAGGUAAACAUGCCACUGCCAGCAUCCAUUCCAGAGCCACUCCAAUUCAUUAAAGCCAUUUACCUUUUUAUGAAAGUGGAUAUUUCUGAGAUUAGUCUAAUUUCGAAACACUUAACAUUCAGACAUAAGUUUUUAAAUUCCUUUAAGUAGUGUCGGGUGGAUGAGAAGUGUUGGACCUUGUCAGACAUGUAUGAUAUAUAACUGUACUUUUAAACGUCGUUAAUUCAGUGGCAUUAAGAUCCUCUGGAGAAGUAUUGAUACCAGACUUUAUAGCUAUAUAUAUACAUUUGGGUUGUGUAAACAGUCAUGGAUACAGCUUUAUAUACAGGGCUACAUAUACAAUUUGUUUUAGAUCAUGUUUAACCUGCUUUUAUAAAAUAUGUUAUAUAAUUGUUUUGCUUGAUUUUCUGGGCUUAAAAAAAAAGAAGAUAAUUGUUCUGUGUAUUGUCUCCCCCCACCCCACCCUCUACACACUGAUAACCUAGGAUUGGUCGAAGCAGCCAUUAUGCAUUGAUAAAUAUCAUACCUGUUGUUAGAAGUGACGUACAAAUUGUCAUCAGAAACCGGCUUCAGUACUACUCUCACUUACCAUAUAGUAUAGAAGUAAUGUACAAAUUGUCAUAGUUACAAGCACCUCAUUAGAGAUCUGUCACCAUAGCGACAUGUCAAUAUCUGAUCAAAGGCAUUUGACCAUGUUAAUGUCUCUGUGCAUGGUUAUAGAUAUGUCACCAUUUGAUGUGUCAAUACAUGUGUAUGGUUAUAGAUAUGUCACCAUUUGAUGUGUCAAUACAUGUGUAUGGUUAUAGAUAUGUCACCAUUUGAUGUGUCAAUACAUGUGUAUGGUUAUAGAUAUGUCACCAUUUGAUGUGUCAAUACAUGUGUAUGGUUAUAGAUAUGUCACCAUUUGAUGUGUCAAUACAUGUGUAUGGUUAUAGAUAUGUCACCAUUUGAUGUGUCAAUACAUGUGUAUGGUUAUAGAUAUGUCACCAUUUGAUGUGUCAAUACAUGUGUAUGGUUAUAGAUAUGUCACCCUUUGAUGUGUCAAUACAUGUGUAUGGUUAUAGAUAUGUCACCAUUUGAUGUGUCAAUACAUGUGUAUGGUUAUAGAUAUGUCAUUAUCGUGUCAGACAGUGGUGUUAUAUUUUGUAUUUUUGGUGCAGGAAUCAACACGUGUUGUAAUUUCCUUCUAACUGAACAAACAUAUGAUAACUAAUAUCUAUAAAUAUACCGUUAGUAUGAGGAGGACCUAUAGUUUCAUCAUGCCUGUGACAUACAGUUGGAAGAAUUCAGCUUGAAUUGGAAGUCAAAUUAUCAUUUUAUAAUUUUAAUUUCAUCAUAGGUAUCUUGGGGAAAUAGUCUUCGAGGAUAUUUGGUACUAAUCUAUUUUCUUGAGCAAUUUUUUUUGCUGCUAUUAACAACAGAGUUGAUGUUGUAUUAGGUGCAGUAGGGUGGUUGGCAACUAUUUACAGAUAGAGAUGUAUGGGAGUGAUGUAGAGGAUUUUAUAUGGCCUACCAAUCAUACAAAUGGGAAGCCUUCAUUUUAUUUUCUCCAAUUUUGUUUUAUUCAUAUACCCCAUGUUUUUUAAUUUGUUCAAGUAUGAUUUUAAAUUUUAAUAUGUAUCAUGUUAUAAGGUUGUUGUAUGUGUAGGAUCAUGUUGGAUCAUAGUGGGAAAUAAAAAAAAAAACCUGAAACAGUAUAUCCUUUCAUGUCUCCGGCGUCAACUCUCUGUCUACACAUCACCAUGGUAAUGAAGCAGUUUGAUGUGAAAAUUGAGGGCUUCAGAAUGAUAUCUACCCGUCAAAAAGUGUGUAAAUCUUAAACAAUAUCGGUUGUAUUCCUACUUAUUUAUAAUGCCGUAAAGAAGUUUUACUAUGUCCAAUGAGUUGUAAAUCCAUUUUAAAACAUGUUUUGUGGGGUUCCUCUUGUAGUUUAUUGACCGAGAUAUACAUUUUUAUUCCGCUAUUUAAUGAAUGAUUUUGUCGUCCAUAUUGCUUGUGUUGUACUUUUAUGUCAUAUUGAACUGCAAUAUUAUAUUAUACUUAUUGUUGUAAAAAGCCUGUCCUGUACAUGGGGUAUGUAAUAGCACAGAUAUGUUAAAUCACAUGUUUGUGAUAUGACAUGUGGUGUGACUUGUAUGUAAUGCAACAUGUAUGUCGUUUAAAAUGUACAAGUUGUGACACAUAUCUGAUGUGACACCUGUGUUGUGAGAUGUAUAUGUUGUGUGACACAUGUUGUGACACAUGUUGGUGACAUAUAUGUGUUGUGUGACACAUACAUGUUGUUACACAUGUGGUGUGACACAUACAUGAUGUGUCAGCCCUUUUAGUGUUUACAGAAACCACUAUACCCCAUGUACUGUGAACACAGGUUUUAUUAUGCAUGCUUCAAAUUAGAAUUAGAAAAAUACAGAUGCUUUGUCCUUACAAGAUGUUUCCUGUUCAGUUAAUUACUAGGUUUUGAUAAUGAUGAUAUUCUACCCAGGAAUAUGACUGCCUUCAUUGGGAAUGAAUCUCACAACUGCCAUGUAGAGCUUGCCAAAUGUGGCUGAAAAUCCAAACAACAUACUAGCUUGUCAUUUUUCAGUUAAGUGAAUGGCACAAAGUUUACCAGAGGUGUUAUAUUUGGCACAGAGAGAGCAUGUUACAAAAUCAUAAUCGACUUUUUCUACUGAAAAAAACGUUAUUUCUACUAAUAAAAAAAAUGGCAUUUAUUAA